AUGUCAUCGAAAAGGCUCACGUCCGACAGCUAUCGAGUGGGGUGGAUUUGUCCUUCAGAAUUAGAACAGAUCGCAGCGUUGGAGAUGCUGGAUGAAGAGCACAUGCCUAUCGCGCAACCCUUUACGGAUCACAACGUUUACAAGCUCGGCAGCAUAAACGGCCACAAUGUUGUGAUUGCCGGCCUCCAUCAGAUAGGCAAUUGCCCUGCGACCACAGUCGUCACACAGAUGAGGAUGACAUUCAAGAACCUCCGAUACGGUUUGCUGGUUGGCAUUGGAGGUGGCGUGCCGGUAGAGACAGACGAUGGGAUGAUCCGGCUGGGCCAUGUUGUGGUCAGCAAGCCAGCUGGGGAACACUCUGGAGUGGUCCAAUACGACCACGGCAAAACAAGGGAUGGCGUCUUUGAACGCACCGGCUCUGUUAUGCCUCCGCCAGCUGUGCUUCUCAACGCCGCACAACUCUUGGCUGUCCAAAGGGCCCGGAUGGAUUAUGAUCCCGUUUGGAAAGAUACGCAAAGGUUCAAGACUGAACGCCGAGGGCUGCGACGGUUCAAGUUCCCAGGAAUCGCAAACGAUCAUCUGUACCAGCCAGAGUAUAUCCAUCAGCAGCAGGGAGUGUCUUGCGAGAAAGGAGGCUGCAGUCCAGAGCAGCGAAUCUCGAGACCAGUUGAUGAGGAUGACGACGAGGCUUUUGUUGUUGUGCAUAGAGGCAAUAUAGCGUCUGGAGAGCUGUCACUUAGAGAUGCCAAGCAGAGAGAUGACCUGGCGAAGCAGCACGGAAUUCUAUGCUUUGACAUGGAGGCAGCGGGAGCUCUUAACGAUUUCCCUUGUCUGGUCAUUCGAGGCAUUUCCAAUUAUUGCGAUUCCCACAAGAACGACAUCUGGGACGGGUUUGCAGCGGCGGCCGCAGCCGCUUAUGCGAGGCAGUUAUGCUUCCACCUGCCCCUCGAAUCAACACAAGGAUUAAUUAAUAGCCAAUCUACUCCAAUCGCUUUUACUCUCCCGUUCUAUUUGCCUGAGAACAGUAGAGGCUUAAAGUUUGUUGGAGGAGAAGUAGAGCUUACAACAAUGCAAGAGGCUCUCAGGGGCGCAGUUCAACAUCGUCGUGUCGUCGUCCUCCACGGAAUUAAGGGAAGGGGCAAGACUCGGCUAGCCAUCGAAUACGCUCAGCGUCACCGUGAAGAUUACUCGGCAAUCGUUUGGAUAGAUGCGAGAGAUGAACUGGCGAUAAACCAAAGCUUUGCUCGCUUGGCAAUAUGGAUCAUUAACUAUGACCAAUCAGCAAGUUGCGUCUCUGAUGCGGUUCAAAGCAAAAAUCAAGAACAAAUUGUGACUGCAGUCAAAACGUGGUUUGAUGAACCCGCCAAUAAUUCUUGGCUGAUUAUCUACGAUGGUCAUCGCCGUGCAGAUGCAAGCAGUGUCAGUACUAAGGCUGCGAACACCUCACUUGUUCUCAAAGAGAAUGCUUCUCGCUCCAACUAUCAAAGCCACAGACGAGUAGCGAGACGGAGGUCAUAUGAUAUUCGCAAAUACAUACCAGAGUCAAACCAUGGUGCCGUCAUCGUAACUUCCGGGCUAUUAUUAGAUAAUCUACGAGAUUACAGAUCGAUUGGAGUAUUUCAGCUUGCCGAAGAUAGCCUGGAACUUCUAUCGUCUUUCUCUUGUCGAGAGGAUCUAAGACAAGACGAAUCAGCAGUCGAACUUAUACAACGGUUCAAUGGGCAUCCUCUGGCCCUUGCAUCGGCGGGAGCUUACUUUAAGCAAGUGUCUAUAACAUGCACCGAAUACCUUCAACUUUAUGAAACGACCUUGGCACAACUGCACGAAACCAAUCCAGAACUGCAUAAUCCAUGGCUGAUUACUAGCUUUUACGCAAUAUGGAAUAUCUCACUUGCACACAUUGAGAAGCAGAAUGCAAACGCGGCUCUUCUUCUCCGCCAAUGGGUAUAUUUUGACUGUAAAGAUCUGUGGUAUGAGUUACUACAGGAUGGCGAGUACAAACCAGAAUGGCUUCGAGAAUUAACAAAAGACCCCAACACCUUUCAUACUACAAUGAGGCUUUUAUCUGAUUAUGGAUUUGUGCAGGCCAAUGCGCCUGAUACACCUGAUACAUUCGAUCAUGCAGAGUCAGCCGGGUAUAGCAUGGGCGAAUUGGUCCACGGUUGGGUACGAAAAAUUCAUGACGGGGGCUCUUGCGAGGAGAUGGCUCGAGCAGCGUUUCACUGCGUAGGCUCUCACGCGCCAGCCGAAGAACAGCCUGAGCUUUGGUGGUCCAAGCAACGACGGCUCCUAAAACAUGCAGAUCGAUGCUGUGAUGCCAUCGAGAUUGUGGAUAUACAAAGACAAGAGUUGGGGCUAAUGCAUGCUUUGGCUGCCCUCUUUGCUGGCCAAGACCGAUUCCACGAAGCUACAUCGCUGUUUGAGUGGGUAAUUGAAGUGCUUGAAAAGGCAUGUGGACCAGAGGAGAAAUCAACUCUUACUGCAGUAUACAAUCUGGGAGGCCUCUAUUUCCAGCAAGACCAGCUCGACGAAGCCAAAGCCAUGUAUGAACGGGCACUUCGAGGGUUUGAGAAAGUGCAGGAGCUGGAGGAUGGAUCAAGUGUUAGCACGGCCACCGAACUGAGGCUGGACUGCCUUGUAAACCUUGGAAAUAUCUGCUUCAAACAAGGCCAGUUGCAAGAUACUAGGCAGUAUUAUCUCCGUGCGCACGAAGGCCUCUUUCAGGUUUCGGGGGCUAAUUCCCAGGAUGUAAUAUGGUUAUCAAAGAGAUUGGAAGAGAUUGUAUUGUAA